ACACACACAAACAACAACAACAAUAACAAAUUCAAUCAAAGUUGAAAGUUAAUGAUUAACGUUUUGCAAACUACCAACAAGAAACACAAACACAACAACGUAGCCAACAAUUCCACAAAAUGAUUAAAUUAAAAUCAUUAUUCCGCAGAGGACAAGGAACCUCGAGUUCUGCCUCCUCCAAUAACUCAUCGCACAAGCAACAGCAGCAGCAUUCCAACAACAAUCGACAGAAAUCACAGUCCAGCACAUCCCUUAACACAGCGCAUGAGCAGCAGCAGCAGCAACAACAACAACAGCAACAGCAGCAACAAUCACUAAAUAACUCUGCGUCAGCAGCGACAACAACAACAUUUUAUUCAAAUCACGACGCAACAUACGAACGCGGCGUCGAUGUGGGUGACGAGGCUGCGCUGCUGCUGACAACACAACAACAGCAGCAAUUGCAGCAGCAGCGACGCCAGCCGCAACAGCAGCUGAGCAAUACGCUGCCGCAAAAGAAAUCAAAGUUUAAAGGACAAAAGCAGCCAAAGCAAUUGCCACAGCAGCCACAACAGCAACAACAACUUGAGCAGCAGCAGCAGCAGCAGCAUCAACUGAUGACGUCCAUUGCUGCUGUCCCAACACCAACAACCAAUAACAGCAACAGCGGUCACAGCAAUAAUAAUAACAACAGCAGCAACGGCGCAUUGGCCGCAUUGCAAGAUGGCGGCGUUGCUGCCGCAGCCGCUGCUGAUUUCUACCAGCAAUUAGCAGCAGCAGCAACAACAACAAAUGCUGCAGGCAACGGCAGCAGCAACAGCAGCGCAGCAACGAACGCUUUUCCAGCCGCAGCAGCAGCUGUUGCCGUUGCAGCCGUUGCCGCUAGCAGCUAUCAGCAGCAGCAUCAUCAACAACAACAACAACAGCAGCAGCAGCAGCAGCAACAACUCAUCAACAACGAGCAACAGCAACAACAACUGUUAGAGGCUAACAAUAAAAUGCAGGAGCUGCACAAACAGCUGGAACGACUUGGACGCGAGCAACUGCAGCUGGAGAUGCGCAUCACAGAGCUGCUGCCAUACCAAAGCGAGGUGACCAAACUGAGGGGUGAUUUGCUCAAGAUGCAGAAUCAACAAGAGAAAACACAAAUGGAAAUUGGCAACUUGAAAUAUGAAAAUGAAUCUUUGCGCAAUCGUUUGCGGGACGUUGUUAACUCGCCAUUGUCGGACGCAGAAAAGCACCAGAUCAUACAAGACUCGCAGCGCUUGCAUAGCUCAGCACCCGCCUCCAUAGCACUGCCCAAUAUAAACGAAACGGCGCAUGAUGGUACGCCAUGCCUCACGCCGGACUGGGACAAGCACUCGUCGUCAAGUGAGAUUUCAGUAGCGUGCCUGCAGGAUAAGAUCAUACAGAUGGAGGAGACGCACUACUCCACUAAUGAGGAGCUACAGGCGACGCUGCAGGAGCUGGCCGAUCUGCAGACACAGCUGACCGAUACGCAAACGGAGAACGAACGUCUCGCCGAGGAGAAAGAUGUGCUCUUUCAGUCGCUGUGCCGUCAGACGGAAAUGCUUAAUGAGUCGCGGACACAGAUCAACACAUUGCAGGAGCUCCUCUUGCGCGACACAAAGCAGGCGGCCGAGGUGUCCACCUCGGAGCGAGAGAAGAAGCUCCUUGAUCUAAUACAGACGUCGCAGGAGGAACGCGAGACUUUGCUGCUCAAGCAGGAGGAGCUGAACGCGGAGCUGGCCGAGCUGCGACAAUCGCGCGACGCCGUGCAGCUGGAGCAGCAGCGACAGCGUGAGCGCAACGCGCUCCUUGAUUCACAGCUGGAUGCGGCCAAUGCGGAACGCAAGCAGAGCGAAGCGCAGCUCUCGUUAGCUAAAGAGGAGAUCUCACAGCGUGCAAUUGAGAUAAGCAGGCUGAGCACGUUGUUGGAAAAUGCGCGCUCCAAGAUCGAAGAGCUGGAAGCGGAUCUGGCGCGUGGGGAUAAGACUGAUCUUAGCGAUGUGCUCGAUGCAGCACGCCGGGAGAAAGAUACGCUUGAGGAGCGCCUGGCCGAGCUACAGGAUCAGUGGUCGCGCAGCCAGGCGGAGUUGCGUCGAUUGCGCGAGCAAGUGGCCGGUCUCAGCGAGGAAUGCAAGGUAGCCAAAAAUAAUGCCAAGUGCGCUGUCUCACAUCUCGAGUAUCGGCUGGAGCAGCUGCAGUGCGAAAAGGAUAAACUGGCCGGCGAUUGCCAGACACUGGAGGAGCGUGUCGCCGAGCUGCAGGUGCAGUGCAAAUGCCAUCAGGAGGACAAGGCACAGCUCCAGGAGCUGCUGAGCGAAACGCAGCGACAUUUGGGCGAUGUGCAGCUGCAGCUUAGCGAUAGCGAAUCCCGCCUAGAAAAGGAGACACAGCUGCGCAAACGCGACGCUGACGAAUGGCAACAAUUUCAGGCGGAUCUUCUAAUGACAGUGCGUGUUGCCAACGAUUUCAAGACUGAGGCGCUCAGCGCACGCGAGCAGCUGGUGCUCGAUAACAAGACGCAAAAGGAAAAGAUCCGGCUACUCGAACAGCAGCUGGAGAAGUUAACCAAGCAGCAAAUGCAGCAGACGGAGACGCAGCAAUCGGUGCUGUCCAGUGUGCAGCAGGAGAUGGCCUCACGGCGCAGUAAACUCAGCUUUAGUCGUCAGGAUUCUCGACUCUCUGUUAAAACGCUGAUCGAGAGCAUCGAGAACAACAAACAGCAGGGUAAGUCGGAUGAGACCGAAUCGCAUUAUAGCUCAACGUCCAGCUUGAAUAGCGGCACGCCCGAAACUGGCAACACGCCCAUUAUACUGCCCGUAACCAGCGACUGGCACGACAGUCUGCGCUUGCCCGUGCUGCAGAGCAGCAAUCUACAUGUGAAUGUUAAUGCAGCAGCAGCAACAGCAGCAGCUGCAACAUCCACAGCAGCUAACACUACCAAAGCAACACAGCAGCAACAGCAGCAGCAGCAGCAGCAGCAGCCGCCGCCGCCGCCGCAACUGCAGCAGCAAUUGUCGCAACAGUCAAUGACAAGUGCGACAUCAUCUUCGCAACCCUCCACACCAAACACACCCAGCAGCUUGCAACAGCAGCCGCCCAGUCUGACAACGCCAGUGCAGACGCCCACCAGCGCGCUCGUGAGCAGCCUUAGUUUUGGCAACGUCUCAAAAUCCUCUAUCAGCGGUGAGCGCAAGGAUCCGCUCAAUAUGCUGGCCAAAAACGGUGGCUCUAAGCGAAAUGCGCUGCUCAAGUGGUGCCAAAAUAAAACCGUUGGCUAUCGCAACAUCGACAUCACGAACUUCAGCUCAUCGUGGAACGAUGGGCUCGCAUUCUGCGCCAUACUACAUUCCUAUCUGCCGGAUCGCAUACCAUACGACACACUCAGUCCGACCAACAAGCGGCGCAACUUUUCGCUAGCCUUUGCCGCCGCGGAGUCGGUGGGCAUUGGCACCACUCUGAACAUCAAUGACAUGUGUCAAAUUGAGCGACCUGACUGGACGCAGGUCAUGUCCUAUGUAACUGCUAUCUACAAGUACUUCGAGACGUAAGGCGACAUCGAACUGAAUCUGGAGCGGAUGUCCACACACCUUUUGUAUAUGUAUUUUCUCACUCUUACGCAAUUUGGGGCAACUAUUUAUUUACCACAAGUAUCCACGCAUUUGGCGCCCAGGCCCAGCAAUUAUUUUGUCGCGAAUUCUAGCCUAAACAAAUCUGAUUCUUAACCACACUAUGCUUAUAUUUUAUUUUUUUUAACCCUUUUUUUUUCGUGCAACUUUUUGUUUACUCAUAAUAUGUAGUUAUUAUUAUGUAUUGUCAGGUUUAUACGUUUGCGCUGCAGUUGAGGCAAAGUUUUAAUAAUUAUUGUCAAAUCGCCGAUUUCAGAGUUUAUUUUAUAUACAUACGCAUACGCAUACACAUACAUAUACACAUACAUAUAUAUACGAGCAUAGGAAACCUAGAGAAAUCGAAUGGCCGAUUAGCUUUAGUAUAUUUAUUAUAAAACAAGAAACUUAUUUUAAACUCUGCGAACAUUAAACUGUAAUUAUUUAAAUUAA